AUGGCACGCUAUCUAACUCCCUCGAAAAUCGCCCUGCUUGCACUGGUUUCGAUUUAUUCUGAAGGAGUGGUCCCAAACUCAGCAAUUGUUGCGUUACUGUCCUUUUUUAUGACCCAUGUACUCCCGUUGGAUACUCUAGAUGCGAGAAGACGCGCAAUUGAUCAAGAGAACGCCCAUACUAUAUCUCUCGAAGAAUUCGAAGAGGUCACAUCCAGCCUAGCUUCGUCGAUCCCUGGCCGCACAGUAUGGGAUUUAUUCUUAAAGAGGAUAUGGCAGUUGGAUUGCGUAGAUUCUCUGGAGGAGUUCUUCACUUUGGUAUCGGAUUUGAUAACCAAGCCACGGGAGGAACAGAUACGCGAACGGAGCAUGGGAAUUGUUCCUGAACCAGGCAAAAUGUUGCUUUCGCGAACUUCUCCCCUGGGCAUGUUUGUACGGAGAGCGCAACUUGAAUAUGCCAGACUUCAAUUCCAUGAUUCAGUGGCCCUGUGGCGUGCUUUUAUCAAGUACAGAAUGCCAACAUACCAUACUUGGGCCAAGAGGAACCCAAUGAAUAACCAAAGCAAAGUGGAUGUGAAUAUCGUCGAACUUGGCUUGGAUUUGGACAGUCCUCUGGCCAAAGUUAUUUACGGCGAUUUAGACGACACUGAGGAGGACGCCAAAGUUGCCAUGAGUACGAAGGAUAUGGAAAAGCUAUUGGACUUUCAAGUUCAAGAAAUGCAAAGUAACAAAUGGUCUCAAUUCCUUUCCAGUUUAGGCAAAGGCACACGAGUCACCAAGGAAAUGCGGAAUAAAUUACAGCAGAUGCUUGCUUCGGGCGUGGCUUUACCCAAUCUUUCGCACUAUGCCGAUUUUGGUUGUCUCGGAGAAGCAAUUUCUGCCAUGCAAGAGACAAUCUCUAUUGCUAGAGAGACCCAAGAUAUGCACUGUUUGAAUUACUGCAUCAGCUGGCUGUACCACUGUCGGAGAGCAUAUCCAGAUGCACUGAAUGUUAUUCAAAAUACCGGGAUGCUUGGAAGCGACAGAGAAGCACUCGCUUUCCUAAAGGCUAAGGCCCGAGAGAAUGAGAUGUGGACCCUCCUUGGCACAUCUUUGUUGAGCGAGGCAAAGCUGGAAUUAUCCUAUGGUGAAAGUAUCGCGUCCGUCUUUGAACAUAUCGCCCAAGCAUCACACUUGAACACCAGUCAAAAUCUCAAUUCGUCAAUGGGUCAACUCCUUGUUUUGCAAGCGGCAUUCUUCAUGCGUCUCGGAACUAACGUGGAACUGCAAAAGUUGUCCCUGAGUGGCAAUUAUAGCCAAGCGUUGCAGCAGCUAGAAGAUAUAUCACCGCAUACGCUUCAUCGCCUCAAAAACCAGCAAUUAUGGACAUUCGUCUGCGGUCUAUUGAAAUUGAGGCAACAGCUGCACCGAGACAACAAAGUGGCUGCAGAACACCUAGUUACCCAGCUUCGAGCUUGUGUAGUCAACGAACCCGAACACACAGCAGCUUUGUCGUUAUCGGAGGUAGAAUUUCUUAUCUGCAAAGGAGAUUAUAGCGCCGCCCUAAAGCUGAUUGAAAACAUUGCAAAAUCAACGCAGCAAGGUCUUUUUGAUGUUGCACUUCAGAUUAAGCUCUUGAAUCUGAAAGCACAGAUAUUCCAAAAGACGGACCAGCCCGAACGCGCAUUUUCUCUUGUUAUGCGGGCAGCUAGCAUAGCAUAUCGGUCUCGAGUGCUGCCCGGUCUGUGGGAGGCGCUCGGGAAUCUUGCCGUCAUUCUGAUGGUAUUCCGGGAAUUCGAAGCCGCAGUAGAUACCCUAGAGAGUAUCAUGCCUCAAGUGCUGGAAGGCGACGACUCCGUGUUAGCCGCUCGCACGUACUCCUUACUUGUGGAUGCAAAUAUGGGGCUGGCCGGCCGAACCAAGCAGGAUAUGGUACGGCAAAAAGAAUAUAUAGCAAAGGCAUCGGAAUUCAUUGAUUGCGCGUUUGCGGAGUAUUCAAAGGUGGGGAACCUGAAUGGCCAGUGUGAGAUGACGGCAAAGAAAGCUACCCUGAUGCAUCUAUCUGGGGAUCUGGCGUUGGCGAACGAUUAUGCUGCGAGGUAUCUAGAUUUUAAACGGCAGGCUCGGAUGGAGGCAAUGGGAAGUUAG